ACACACAUACAGACAAAAUUGCCAUUCAGUGAAACAUUCAUUCAAGUUACCACGUAUUAUGAGAAAAACAUUGGCUGGGUGAAGUUCGAGGUGAAGUUAAGAAAUCAGUUUCAAUUUGGAGUAAAUAUUUAUUGCGAAAAUAAUUUAAGACUGACACGCCAACAGCACAAUGGAUAAAAGUGAACUGCGUAAUCGUAAACAAUCAGCACAGAAAAGUAGCUUGCUGAAGAAAUCGUCCGACGAUAGUGAGAAAUUCCAAUGUAAAGACGAAAGAGUUGAACGACUGCAAAGCGAAGAACCCAACCAGGAACACAGUGCAAGUGCAUCUAAGCGGAAUCAAAGCGAUAAUAAUAAAGUGAACAAAGUGAAACAAUAUUUUCAAUCAACAAUUGAUGAUGUAGCACAGAGUCUCAAGACAGAUUUUCGGUUGAACACCGAUGAGUGUCUACGAAUAACUUUUGAAUUUGAUUUCGUGACAGUGUUGCUAUUUGUUGUGGCAUUUUGCACCAGAAUGUUCAAGCUUUCACAACCAAAUAACGUGGUUUUCGACGAACUUCAUUAUGGCAAAUACAUUUCUCUGUACAUGAGAAAUAUAUUUUUCUUCGACCAGCAUCCACCGCUCGGAAAACAAUUAAUUUCUGUAAUGGCUAAUUUUGCUGGCUAUGAUGGGAACUACACUUUUUCGCGCAUAGGAAAUCCAUAUACGGAAAAUGUCCCAAUCCUAUGGUUAAGAUUCAUUCCAGCCCUAUGCGGGAGCAUUCUAGCACCUUGUGUGUACAAGCUACUUUUACAGACAAAAUUAAGUAGAUUAACUUCAGCAAUCGGUGGUGUGCUCAUUAUCUUUGAUAAUGCUCUAUUGACGCAGUCGCGCUUCAUUCUAAUGGAAUCGAUGCUUUUAACAUUUUCGGUUCUGGGGCUGUUGUUCCUGUUGAAAUUCCAAGAAUCUCCGACGAUAUUCUCUCGCUUAAAAUACUCCAUCCUCUCGGCAUCUUUUUUCACAUUUGCAUUCAGCGUAAAAUUUGCAGGAUUUUAUACGUCACUGCUGGGAUUCCUAAUUGGUUGUCGACAUCUCUGGAAACAAUUGUCCGACAAAACCAUAUCCGACCUUCGAAUGGCAAUGCACAUUUUGUUUCGCUUGAUCGUUUUCAUUACUAUUCCGGUGUGCAUUUAUGUUGGCUUGUUCUAUGCUCACUUUAGUGUAUUGAACAAGGCCGGACCGCACGACAGCAUUAUGACAAGUGCAUUUCAGGCGUCGCUAGAGGGAGGCCUAGCAUCCAUUACAAAAGGACAACCAUUGAACGUGGUUCAUGGAUCUCAAAUUACACUGCGACACACAUUGGGUCGAACCUGCUGGCUACAUUCUCAUCCUCAUGUGUAUCCAGUUCGAUAUCCUGACAAACGUGGUAGCUCCCAUCAGCAGCAAGUCACCUGUUACAGUUUCAAAGACGUAAACAAUUGGUGGAUUGUAAAACGACCGGAAAGUACGGACUUGGUGGUGGGUGAUACACCAGAUGUUAUACGACACGGUGAAGAAGUGCAAUUAGUUCAUGGCAUUACAAGCCGGGCAUUGAAUUCACAUGAUGUAGCUGCAGCAAUGACUCCACAGUGUCAAGAGGUAUCUUGUUACAUCGAUUACAAUGUGUCGAUGAGCGCUCAAAUUCUAUGGAAAGUCGACAUCAUCAAUAAGGAUCAGGAAGGACCAAUUUGGCACGCAAUUCGGUCACAAGUAAGACUGAUUCACAGUGCUACUGGUCAAGCAUUACGAUUUAGUGGACGCCAAUUGCCCGACUGGGGCUUCAAUCAACAUGAAGUUGUUGCAGAUCGUGUAACUGAUCAGCCAGAUACGAUAUGGAAUGUGGAGGAGCAUCGAUACACAAAGACUGAGGACCAGAAAGAACGGGAACGUCAAUUGAUCAACGAGGAAAUGAUACCCACCGGUCCAUCGAAACUGUCGUUUUGGGAUAAGUUUUUCGAACUCCAUUCAAAAAUGGUGUGGCACUCAGAUCAAAUUCAAAAUCAUCUUUACGCCUCCGAACCUCUCGAUUGGCCGCUGAUGAAUAAAGGGAUCGCUUAUUGGGUUGAUAAAGAUUCGAACGCUCAAAUUUAUUUACUCGGCAACCUGGUCAUUUGGUAUUCGGGAUUCGCAGCAUUAGUCGUCUACUUCGGUCUACUCAUAAUCUAUUUGCUAAGAAGAAGACGUUUGUGUUACGAUUUAAACGAGCAGGACUGGACUCGAUUCCGUGAGGCUGGAGAGAUAUUUUUCUUGGGUUACAUCAUACAUUUUCUGCCAUACUUUUUCGUGGAACGAACACUAUUCCUGCACAAUUACUUGCCAGCGUUCAUUUUUCAGAUUAUGCUUCUCUGUUUUGUCAUUGAGCAUAUCGAUCUGAUUUGUCGCAAUGUUGUUGGAUCGGUACUGUUGACCGUUUUGUAUCGAUUAUGCGUUGUGGGUUGGUUGAUUGCGAUAUUUGUUAUUUUCAACAAAUUUUCAGUCCUAAGUUAUGGAACGACUAAGCUUAGUGUGGACGAUGUUAUCAAUUUGAGGUGGAAAAACACAUGGGACUUUAUAUUGCAUAAAGAUUUGGUGUGACAAUAAAAGUUAUGUAUUUUUCA